UUCCGGAGGAAGUAAAGUGUCAGCUGCUUACCGUUAUCAAAGUACUUUAGGUUCGGUCAUAAGACCAACAUAUAUUUUAAAGGCGAUUAAAGGCAUUCCACCUGCUUGCCAUCAUCGCUAUUCAGCCGGAGUGCAGCGUAAUCGCAACUUGGAAAUAUGAACACGGAAAAGGACUUUUCCCCUUUGACGCCCAAUAUAGUCAGAGCACUGAAUGAUAAACUGUAUGAAAAGAGGAAAGUCGCCGCGUUAGAGAUCGAAAAGCUGGUCCGUGAGUUUGUGGCCCAGAACAACUCGACUCAGAUCAGGCACGUGAUCCAAAUACUAGCCUCGGAGUUUGCAUUGUCACAGCAUCCUCACAGUCGCAAAGGAGGUCUCAUUGGGCUGGCAGCCUGCUCCAUUGCUCUCGGUAAGGACUCGGGUCUGUAUUUGAAGGAACUGAUUGAACCCGUGCUUACAUGCUUCAAUGAUUCCGACAGUCGUCUGCGAUACUAUGCCUGCGAGGCCCUUUACAACAUUGUCAAGGUAGCGAGAGGAGCUGUACUGCCUCAUUUUAACCUGCUUUUUGAUGGCCUGAGCAAACUGGCAGCGGAUCCCGACCCCAAUGUGAAGAGUGGAUCUGAACUCCUGGAUAGAUUGCUAAAGGAUAUAGUGACGGAGAGUAACAAAUUUGACUUAGUAGCGUUUGUACCACUUUUGAGAGAGAGGAUCUACUCCAACAACCAAUAUGCACGUCAAUUCAUCAUUUCUUGGAUACUGGUCCUGGAGUCUGUGCCAGACAUCCACCUCUUGGAUUACCUCCCGGAGAUCCUCGACGGGUUGUUCCAGAUCCUGGGAGACAACAGCAAGGAGAUCCGGCGGAUGUGUGAGAUGGUCCUUGGGGAGUUCCUCAAAGAGAUCAAGAAGACCCCGUCCAGUGUCAAAUUUGCUGAGAUGGCCAAUAUUCUGGUGAUCCACUGCCAGGUCGUCGACGAGACCAAAAUCACCAACGACCUGAUCCAGCUGACGUCCAUGACCUGGAUGAGGGAGUUCAUCACGCUCUCAGGGAGGGUGCUGCUCCCGUACUCCUCCGGCAUCCUCACGGCGGUGCUGCCCUGCCUCUCCUACGACGACCGCAAGAAGUCCACCAAAGAGGCGGCGAGUGCCUGCAACCACAGCCUCAUGAAGCUGAUCACCCCGGAGGAUGACGAGGAGGAGGAGGAGGAGGAGGAAGAGGAGAACAAGACGGCCACUGGAUCGCCGCCGCACAAGGACCAGCCCAAGGCAGAGGGUGACGGCAGCGACCUGCUGGACGCCUCCCAGGAAUCCGGAGCCCUCAGUAACAUCAGCUUCUUCUCCCAGACGAGCACCGACCGGCCUCACGUGUCCCUGGACCUGGACGGCAUCGUUCAGGUGCUGGACCGCCACCUCCACGACUCCUCCACCGGCAUGAUGACGCGGAUCGCCGUGUUAAAAUGGCUGUACCACCUGUACAUCAAGACGCCGAGGAAGAUGUUCCGGCACACGGACAGCCUGUUCCCCAUGCUGCUGAAGACCCUGUCGGACGAGUCGGACGAGGUGAUCCUGAAGGAUCUGGAGGUGCUGGCGGAGAUCGCCUCGUCCCCCGCCGGCCAGACGGACUUGUCGGCUUCUUGUGACAGCGGUGAUCAGCGGCUGGAGCUCAAGGUGCCCUCGGCGGCGGGGGCCAAGCCGGGAUACCUCACGCCUAGCGGGGGCUCCAAAGCGGUGGACGCGUCGCCGUCCACCCCCAGCAUGAACUCCUACUUCUACAAGUUCAUGAUCAACCUGCUGCGGCGCUUCAGCCUGGAGAGGAAGCUCCUGGAGAACCGGGGCGGCUUCAUCAUCCGGCAGCUGUGUCUGCUGCUCCACGCCGAGAACAUCUUCCACUCCAUGGCGGACAUCCUGCUGAAGGAGGAGGACCUGAAGUUCGCCUCCACCAUGGUGCAGACGCUCAACACCAUCCUGCUGACCUCGGCCGAGCUCUUCCAGCUCCGCAACCAGCUCAAGGACCUGCACACCCAGGAGAGCUGCGCCCUGUUCUGCUGCCUGUACCGGUCCUGGUGCCACAACCCGGUGGCCACGGUGUCGCUGUGCUUCCUCACGCAGAACUACCGGCACGCCUACGACCUCAUCCAGAAGUUCGGCGACCUGGAGGUGUCUGUGGACUUCCUGAUGGAGGUGGACAAGCUGGUGCAGCUCAUCGAGAGCCCCAUCUUCACCUACCUGCGGCUGCAGCUGCUGGACGUGGAGAACAACCCCUACCUGAUCAAGGCACUGUACGGCCUGCUGAUGCUGCUGCCCCAGAGCCAGGCUUUCCAGCUGCUGUCCCACCGCCUGCGCUGCGUGCCCAACCCCGAGCUCCUGAGGACGGCAGACGACUCUGCGUCGGCGGAGCCCCGCGCGCAGCAGGUGGCUGCCCGGCGGGCCUCCCACGCGCCGAUGGACUACCGCGAGCUGCUGGAGCACUUUGACCGGGUCCAGAGCAAGCACCUGGAGGUCAGGCACCAGCGCUCGGGCCGCGCCACCGACCUCUCCGACAGGAAGUUAAUGUGAUUACUAGGGCGUCUUGUAGCAAACUCUGUUACGGAUGAGCUAUGACUAAAGUUAUUGCAAGAAAUUGGUUGACUUUAGUAGAGCAGAGGUUGUUGUUGUUUUUUUAAACAUGCUUCCGUGGCCAAAAAUUGUUUUGCUGUAUAACUUAAAACUGACAAAAAUCAAGAAUUUAAGAAAUAGUUGUACUUUUGUAGGUGAGAACAAGCACUCGUACAUUAUGUAUCAAAAUAUUGUAAUUAUUUUGACUGGGAUUCAAAGUGUAUUUAAGAUGUCAGAGACUUUAAAUGGUCAACGUGAGAAGGCACCUUAAACGUUGAUUGAUGUACGUACGCAAUUGUACGCACAUAAUCGUACAAUUAUGUGUAUAUGCCUUGCAAUGUUGUGCAGUACAUUCCCGUCUCACUUUAUGAUGUUUUUUUUACGGAUUUGUGGAUUAUCUGGAAUUUUCAGCUCUGUAUGAACAACAUUUUACUUCAGCCUCUUGGCACCUGGGUAGGAAUUAAAUUGGUAUUGUAUUUGCCAAAAAGAUUGACUUCAUUAUUAACUUGUAUAUGAAUGAAACUUUGUGUGCACAGGAUUGCAUUGGUUUGUUGUCACAGCCAUCGGUUGUUGUUUGUCUUUAGGGAAACAAUGCCACAUGUUAUGUUGCUUUUUUGUUACACAUAAUUAUAUAUGGAACAUUUUACACAUGUCUGUCAUGUUUUUUGAGAAAGAAAAUCAUGUGCAUUAUCAUUCCUUUUCAUUAUACCCAAAUAAAUUGUAUUGUGGAAAAAUCUGAUUCCCAUUAUAACAUGAUGAAUAAAAUCUAGACCUAUAUAACAUAGUAAACAUC